AUGGUACCAAAUCUCAAGUUUGACUCCUAUUCAUUUUCGGAGCAUGUUUACAAGUCUCUGGCUUUGCACAAAGCUCCCUUUCUCAAGAGUUUGCACUUAAAAGUUAAACAUGAACGCGAUGCUUCCGAUGUUGGAAUAUGGAUUGGGGUUGCAUUUGCGCGCAAAGUGCGUCAACUGAUACUCAGCGUUUUCUUUAUGAAGGACAGCUUUGUCAGAUUCCCAAGUGUUUUGUGUAGUUGGAAUGAUACACUCGUGUUCUUGAAACUCAAACAUAGCAUUCUUUUAAACUUUCCUUCUAGGAUUUGCUUGAUGUCUCUUAGAAAGCUGCACCUUCACUAUGUGAUGUUCAAUGAUGAAGAAUCUGUUUGCAAUCUUUUAAGUUGUUGCCCUAGACUUGAAGAUUUGAUCAUUCGAGGAAGCUAUGUAGAUGUGAAGACUUUCACUAUUGAUGUGCCAUCGUUACAAAGACUAAUAAUGGAAGAGGAUAACCUAGUGGAAAGAGAUGGAGGACGCUAUGUGAUAAAAGCUCCUUCUUUGAAAUACUUAAAAAUGUCAGGGUUCGUUGGUCGUGAGGUUCUUCUGAUUGAGAAUUCGCCGGAGCUGCCAUAUGGUUUUGCUUACACUUAUCACCCUUGGAGGUAA